CUUUGUUCGCCACGAAGCUCAAACUUUUUGAUAGUCCACAACCCGAGAACAAGCAGAUCAGGCCGGAUGCAAGCAGCUGCUAAGCCGCCAGGUUAGUCUCAAUCUCUGCAGCUUUUGGGGAGAGGCUGUCAAUGGCUUCAAUCGUGUCUGGUCUUGCGCAGCGCUCUAUCGGUGCUCACCCAUAGAAUCAUGUCGAUUGUUCAACCAGAUGCAUACGAGGUGCUCGUGGAGAUAUCAAAGAGCCGCCGGCGGAGAUGUCAGUUGCCAUGUUCCGACGCCAUCUACGCCGGAACCUUGCCCAAUCCCCCGAGAAGGGACGUGGAGAUGCCAAUCUGGUGGUCUGAAAUCGAGCAGCACGCCACUACUUCAAAGGACAAGGAGAAGAAGGUGAUCUUCGUUGUCCAGGGCACUGUGCACAUCGAGUACUCGGACCUCAUCGUCCCUACGCUCGAGGCGCUCAGGGACCCCGACGACCUCUUCGUCGUCGCGACGCUGGGCGUUAAGGGCGCCGCGCUCCCCGCGGACUUUUAGCAUCCCAACCAACGCAAAGGUGGUCGACUACAUUCCCUAUGAGAACGUGCUUCC